GCUUCAACAUUUGAACUUGGGGGGUUAUAAUUCUGUAACAGUGGAUUUUCUAGAAAUGCAUACAGUAGUAAAAUGUUGAGGCUAAUAGUGUUUGUGCUCUACCCUCUCUAAUUCUUUGCCAUAUAUUUUAUAAGAAUAAUAGUAGUAGUAUUUAUAAUACCAUUAGUUUAGCUCCUACUUGAGAUUUUGAGAGCUUGUGUGAAACAGAGCUGUCUUGUUAAAUCUGUCUGCACUUCUGUGAAGUAUAGUCAGUGUCACACGCUUUAAUGGUAAUAUCUUGUCACAUUCAAAGAGAUGUUAAAAACUGCAGUCUAGAAAAUUGCUUUUAAAUGGCUGGGGAAGGAUAUUCAUAUUCUCAGAGGGUACAAUGUAGAACAUAAGGACAUGUCAUUUACUGUGAUCUUUUAAAAUCUACAAUGUACAGGAAAAUUACUGAUUUUUCUGAGACUUCUCUGGGAGCAUUAAAAUAAUACAGAUGCAAAACUAGUCUUUCUAAUGUCAUAAAUUAUAAAUAUCACCAGUGCUCUUUAGGGAGUCACUGGUCCAUAGCACUUUUGAAAUCCCUGGUAGGAUUUCAAGAAAUCCUAGCGGGGGUGAAAUGUUUCUUAAUUAGGCCCUGAUUCUGCUGCCUUGUUUAUUGUUUUCAGAGGCACUGGCUCUGUUCUCUAGGGGGUUUUUCCUUUUGUUUUUUCCUCCUUAGCCACAUAUGAAGUAGGGAGAGAAUUCACUCUACCUGGGAACUGAGCAAGCCUUUCUGCCUACUUCCUGCAUACAGUGGGUUGGGGCCAAAGGGUCAUUUUAAGACUUCAGCUGAUAGGCUGAAGUCUUAUUCUCUUUGGCAGCACAAUUCUCUCCAAAAAUCUGGAACGUUUCUUAUCUGUUUCCAGUCAGUUCUAUGUGCUGGUAAAUGCACACUUGGUUUUUUCCUUUGUUUCAAGACUCAGAAAAGCCAGUGGUACAAUUCUAGUCCAAGUCUGAAGGCCUGAGAAGCAGGGGAACCGAUGGUGUCAAUCCCAGUGUAGGGGCGGGAGAAGACCCCAUGUCCCAGCUGAAGCAGCCAGGUAAAUGAAAUUCAAAGGAAAGUGCCCACAGUAGCCCCUGAUGCUGGAUCCUGCCUUACAGUGAAAGUGUUGGUUCCCUCCUUAUGUCAAGGUCCAGGUUCCUGGAAACCGUCCAGAACUUCCGGUGAAAUAGAGCCAGCCUGCAGUUGUUUUUACCGUGGUUGUGCGCGUCAACGUCAAAGGCAUUUAUUGAAUGUUGCUCCUGCCUGACUCUCAUACACACAGCAAUUGGCUUUUACAAUCCGGUGAUCGCAGCCACGCCCCAGCUCCAGUGCCGCAAAGUACCUUUCUGCCUGUGAAUCUUGUCUGUGCCUCAGACUUUCUGCCCCCAGCUUGAGACUGCGCAUAAACUGGGGUGUGGGAAAGCAGGAAGCAAAGCUGAUAGUGACCCGUGAACCGUGGCCCGUGUCUGGGUGGCAGAGCCAGGCCCACGGGUGCUGCCCCUGCCGUGGUCUGGAGCUCAGCCGCAGUGACUCUGCUGAUGUGGCCGGGCCCGGCCUUCCAGGCGUGCCUAGGUGGCAGAGCAUUUGAUCGGUGCAUCUGAAAAGGAAAGUGUGAGAAGCAAAACCCAUGGCCGCGUUCUCCUGUCAGAUUUGCGGCAAGACGUUCCUCACCCUGGGGAAGCUCACUGUCCACAAUUAUUCCCACUCCAGGGAGCGGCCGCACAAAUGUGAGCAGCCCGACUGUGGCAAAGCCUUUGUUUCCAGAUACAAACUGAUGAGGCACAUGGCUACGCAUUCUCCCCAGAAAUCUCACCAGUGUGCUCACUGUAAGAAGACGUUCAACCGGAAAGACCACCUGAAAAACCACCUCCAGACCCACGGCCCCAACAAAAUGGCCUUUGGGUGUGAGUGUGGGAAGAAGUACAACACCGUGCUGGGCUAUAAGAGGCACCUAGCCCUCCACGCGGCCAGCAGUGGCGACCUCACAUGCGGGGUCUGUGCCCUGGAGCUAGGGAGCACCGAGGUGCUGCUGGAUCACCUCAAAGCCCAUGCAGAAGAAAAGCCCCCUAGUGGAACCAAGGAAAAGAAGCACCAGUGCGACCACUGUGAAAGAUGCUUCUACACCCGGAAGGAUGUGCGACGCCACCUGGUGGUCCACACAGGGUGCAAGGACUUCCUGUGCCAAUUCUGCGCCCAGAGAUUUGGGCGCAAGGACCACCUCACCCGGCAUACCAAGAAGACACACUCCCAGGAGCUGAUGAAAGAGAAUCUGCAGACCGGAGACCUUCUGAGCACCUUCUACCCCAUCUCGCCUCCGUUUCAACUGAAGGCUGCCCCGUUGUCUCCUUUCCCCAUAGGAGCGUCUGCCCAGAGCGGGCUUGCAAGUAGCUUGCCGGCUGAGGUCCACAGCUUCACCCUCAGCCCCCCAGAGCAAGCCACCCCGCCUAUUCAGCUGCUGCUAGAGCCCCUCGCCUCCCUGUACCCCUCGGUGUCACCUGGCUCUCCUGCAGCCCUGCCCAACCACAACACCACUUCUACCUCAUACUCCACCCCACUUGCAAGCCUGCCCCUCAAAGCAGAUCCUAAAGGGUUUUGCAAUAUCAAUUUGUUCGAGGACUUGCCGCUGCAAGAGACUCUGUCACCUCCCAAGCUCAGCCCCAGUUUUGAUCUGGUGAACGCAAGUGCUGGUAAAAUAAACAUGCCCAGGGAGCUGCCUGCAGAUGCCGUGAACCUCACACUACCUGCCUCUCUCGACCUGUCCCCCCUGUUGGGUUUCUGGCAGCUGCCGCCUCCCACUACCCAGAAUGGCUAUGGGAAUAGCACUCUCACUCUGGGGCCAGGGGAAUCUCUGCCCAGCAUGUUAAGCUGUCUGGGGCAGCAACAGCAGAAGGAACCCCCACUAGCCAUGGGCACCAUGAGCCUGGGUCAGCUCCCCCUCCCCCCUGCCCCCCAUGUCUUCUCAACUGGCACUGGCUCUGCCAUCCUGCCCCAUUUCCACCACGCAUUCCGCUAAGCUUUUUAAAGCAUAUUUUCUUAUCGUGGAAGAUGUUUUAAGAAGCAUUUUAGGACGUCAGUUAUAAUACAAGGAAAGAUUUGGAAAACAAGCCUGAGAAUAUGGCUUAUUCAGCGAUGACUGGCUUGAGCUGAGAGAAUUCUUGAACUGCCUGUAUCGUGCCAAUCUGUCGUGAAGUGUGUUCAUGCUUUGUACCAAAUGUAAUGAACACGUGUUCUUUAAUCAAACUGCAAAUAUUGUCAUAGGCAACAUCCAAAAUGACGGCUGCUAUAUAUAAGUGUUUGUCAUGUGGAAUUUAAUUGUAAGCCAUGAUCAUAAUGUUAACUAAAUAACUUUGUGGCACUGCCUAGGAAAGGGAACUAUGGAAAGGUUUGGAUGUCUCCAAAUUGGGAGAAUUUUUAAAAAUGAGACUAUAACCUUUAUGUGGUAUAUUACAACUGGGCUGUGUAUUUCUUGUCAGGGAUGUUUGUACCUUCAGGGUUGGAUGUAGUUUAGUUACUAUUACUGUAGCCAACCUGUAGUUUUACGUAAACAAUUUCUUGUGGAACAAUAUCUUUCUCCAUUUUAAAAAAGCAUUUAAAUGUAGUUGAGUAUUUUCCACAAGAUGCUGCAAUGUGAGUUAUCAAUUCAUUUAUCUUAAGGACUAAACUGGUUGUCAGUUACUUCUGACAGAAAAAAAAAAUCACUGUGUAACCAGUCUAAAUGAUAAAAUAGUGCUGGUGUCAGUCAAAGGCAUUUUGCUGACUUUAAUAUUGAUUAUAUUUUAACAGGAAUUUAAGACUAUUACUGGAAUUAAAAUAUAUAUAUUAAACAAGAAUUUUCUUGCCCUAUCUAGCUUAAACAGCUACUCAAGCUGCUUAAGUUCCUAAGUAUUGUUUAAUCACCAGUAAAUAAGUGCAUUUGUAA